AUGGCCAAACUUACCGACUUCAAGCUGCUCUCUUUUGAUGUCUACGGCACACUCAUAGACUGGGAGACUGGCGUAAUAACCGCUCUCCAACCUCUUCUCUCCAAGAACAAUAAGACAAACUAUACCCGCAAGGAACUGCUGGAGAUCUACCACCACCAUGAAGCCUCCCAACAGCAGAAGACACCAGAUAUGUCUUACUGUGACCUGCUCGCCACGAUCCACCCUUCGAUCGCUGCAGACUUGAAGUGCGAAUCUCCAUCAGAAGCAGACAACAAAGCAUUUGGAGAUUCGGUAGGANAAUGGCCUGCCUUUCCAGACACCGUAGACGCUCUCAAACGUCUCGCAAAGCACUACAAACUCGUCGUUCUCUCAAACGUCGACCGCAACUCCUUCUCCACCACAAACUCCGGACCUUUGCAGAAGUUCCCAUUCGAUGCCAUCAUCACAGCUCAAGACAUUGGUAGCUACAAGCCCUCACUCAAGAACUUCGAGUUUAUGUUGAAGGAAGUAAACGAAAAGUUUGGGACUCAGAAAGUACAGGUGUUGCAAACGGCACAAAGUCAAUUCCAUGAUCACCACCCAGCUAAAGAGAUGGGCAUCAAGAGUUGCUGGAUUGUGAGACCGGGAGCGGAGAUGGGAAACAGAGAGGAAGAAAUAUUUGAUUGGAAGUUUGACACACUCGGGGAUAUGGCUGAUGCUGUUGAGAAGGAAGAGCGGAGGUAG